AUGGGUGCCGCCUCUCUCAACCAUUCCAACGAUGACAUUGCCGUCAACAACAUUAGCGAUGUCGAGGCCGUACAGCCCUGCCCUGCUGCCGCUGACGAGUUCUUGGUGACCUGGGACGAACCUGCCGACAAAGACCCCGCAAACCCCAUGAACUGGAGUAACGCGCGGAAAUGGAGCAUGGUAUCGACACUGUCAUUCCUCAGCUUCCUCGUGCCGCUUGCGAGCUCCAUGAUGGCCCCGGCUGUACCCCAGAUUCUUGAAGAAUUUAAGGUCACAAACGAUAUGUUAGGGACAUUUGUCGUAUCUGUCUUUGUCUUGGGUUUUGCAGCUGGCCCACUGGUCAUCGCGCCCGCUAGCGAGCUCCAUGGUCGGCUGAUAGUGUACCAUGUCUGCAACAGCCUCUUCGUGGUAUUCACCAUCGGCUGCGCCCUCUCGACUAACAUGGGCAUGCUCAUGGCCUUCCGUUUCUGGGCUGGGUUCUCCGGGGUGUGUGUCCUCACAUGUGGCAGCGGAUCGAUCGCAGACAUGAUGCCGGCCGAGAUCAGAGGCAAGGCUAUGGGCAUCUGGUCGGUCGGGCCUCUGAUCGGACCUGUUGUCGGCCCCGUCUGUGCUGGUUUUCUUGUCGCGGACAAGAGCUGGCGAUGGGUGUUCUGGGUCACAGCCAUAGCGGCUGGCGUCGCUACCCUCUUCUCCUUCGCCGUGCUCCGUGAGACAUAUGCACCGGUCCUCCUCGAACGCAAGGCUGCACAACUACGUAAGCAGACUGGCGACACAAGAUACCGAUCGAGUCUACAGACCCCUGGAUCGCAGAAGCAGGUCUUUAUGACGGCCAUCCUGCGGCCUGCGCGCCUGCUUCUCACUGCUGCGGUUGUCAGGGCCGUCUGCCUGUACAUCGCCAUCAUUUACGGUCUCAUGUACGUUUUGUUCACCACGUACACCUUCGUCUUUGAGGAACAAUACGGCUUCAGCUCCGAGGGCGCCGGUCUGUCCUUCAUAGCCGGCGGCGUCGGCAACCUCAUCGGAAUGUUUUAUGUUUCGGUCUUCUCGGACAAGAUCAUUAAAAACCGGAAAGCAAUGAAUCUGCCUGUCCGCCCCGAAGACCGUCUCCACCCGGCGCUUACCGUGCCGUCCACUCUUCUGUUGCCAACGGGCCUCAUUAUCUACGGAUGGACGGCCGACAAGCAUGUGCACUGGAUCGUGCCCAUGAUCGGCAAUGGCAUCAUGGGCUGCGGCAUGAUGGGCGUCUUCAUGUGUUGCCAGACAUAUCUUGUCGAUGCCUUUACCCAGCACGCUGCGUCGGCUACAGCAGCUAAUGCCGUGCUGCGUAGCACUCUGGGUGCAGUCCUGCCUCUUUGUGGACUGCAGCUUUACGACGCCCUUGGUCUCGGAUGGGGCAACACGUUGCUUGGUGGAGUUGCAUUGUUAAUGGCGCCUGUACCUAUCCUCUUGGGAAUCUUUGGAGAGCGGAUGAGGAAUGGUUCAGCGUUGCGAAAAAAGUCCUAG